UCCGAGGUCACUUUCCGGUGCGCACUCGGCAGGCGACUGCAGGGCCGCAGUAACCAACCCGCGCCUGAAGCUCGGGGCGAAUGACUCCCCUCCGCCCUCGCCACGGGCUCGUCUACCACUUCCUAUCCUCUUUGCGCCGCUCAGUGGGUAAAGACGCGCCCAGCGCUCGGACCGGAGCCGAGACGGCGGCCCUCCGUCGGCUAAGCCGGUCCCCUCGCCCCGCCCGCGCCCCGCCGGGGACCGCGCAGCCGGGGGCGAUCCCGGCGCUGUCCAGCGCUCGCCGCCUGAGCAGAGGAUGUCGCAGUGCUACCAUGCCGUGCUCUGAAGAGCUACGCACCCUCUCCCCCAGCAAGCGGCCCCGGCCUGCAGAGGAGGACGGCGCGCGGCUUCGCUUCGUCCGGCUGUCUGAGCACGCCACCGCCCCGACGAAGGGGUCCGCGCGGGCGGCCGGCUAUGACCUGUACAGUGCCUAUGAUUACACAGUGCCACCUAUGGAGAAAGCCCUUGUGAAAACCGACAUUCAGAUCGCUCUGCCUGCUGGGUGCUAUGGAAGAGUAGCUCCACGUUCUGGCUUGGCUGCAAAACACUUCAUAGAUGUAGGAGCUGGUGUCAUAGAUGAAGAUUAUAGAGGAAAUAUUGGUGUUGUACUGUUCAAUUUUGGCAAAGAAAAGUUUGAAGUUAAAAAAGGUGACCGAAUUGCACAGCUCAUUUGUGAACGGAUUUAUUAUCCAGAAAUAGAGGAAGUUCAAGGUCUGGACGACACGGAGCGGGGCGCGGGGGGCUUCGGUUCCACCGGGAAGAACUGAAAUGUAUGCCGACGACAGGAAAUGGGAAAACGCUUGUUUCUUAAAAAUCAGAAGUUGGUUUGGUUUUGUUUUUGUUUUUUUUGUGCUUACUAGCUUUAGCUGCUAAAAAUACUUAGUUCUCUUAUGAGCAAGGAAAGUGUAUAUUUUUCUGCAUUUGAUUGUUAAUAUAAAUCUGCAUGGUAGCCUAACAGUUUAUUUUUUCAGUCAAAUGUACAUCAGUUCCUGAUGCUCUCCAGAGCUCUUCUUUAAUUUACUAAACCCUACUCCUUGAACAAGGUGUUUGCUUUAUAAAUGAUAUGCAAAGCCUUUUAUUCAAUAGAUUUUAAUUUUUUUCAGAUACAGAUUAUUACAUAAACUGAAAUAAAAGACAAUAAAAAGUUA